AUGAACACAACGGUUCUCACUCACUCUGCACAACUUUCUAUAAACGAACUUCGCCAAAACUCACUCGGAAAAGUGAAACCAUAUCGUAGUACUUCGGAUUUGUUUGUCGAAUCGGACGAUAUAACUUUUACACCUUUAGAUCCUGACCCCAUGCUUGCGGAUUUACCUUACACAUCCAGCACCGGUUCUGUCAGCGGCUCAACCGUUAUUACCAGCCCCGCGCCUUCUUAUAUGGCCCAUCUUCCUUCAAAGUUAAAGUCCUUUUUUAGACUAAGUGGUGGUAACAAAAAAGAAUCUUCGAUGAAUUCCGUUAAUGGUGAACAUGGUUCCUCCUCAUCUUUAUCAUCCAUUUUGUCAAACGAUAGUGAAAAGAAUUCUGUUAAUGAUUAUGUUCAAAAUGAGGGUUCGAAACAAGAAAAAAAUAAAACAAUCGGAUCAUUGUUUUUCAAAGAUCAAACCAAAAAUCAAAAGUUGCGUAGGGUUGCAUCAGCACCCAAUACUAAAGCUUUGAACGAUGCUAACCUUGGAAAUUCGCAAUAUCAAUUUUACGGAAAUUCCAAUGAGAAUAAUAACGUAAAAUUGUCUGUUCCAGUUAGGCCUGUAUCAGAAAUAAAGCGGUCAGGGACUUUUAAACGGACUUAUUCGUCAAAUUCGAUCAAGGUCAAAAGGGUUGAAGUCGGACCUAGUAGUUUCCAGAAAGUUAAAUUAUUAGGAAAAGGAGAUGUUGGAAAAGUAUACUUAGUAAAAGAGAAAAAGACAGGAAAACUUUAUGCAAUGAAAGGUGCGCUAGAAAUGAUCAAGCGAAACAAAAUCAAACGCGCGCUUGCUGAACAGGAAAUUCUUGCUACAUCAAAUCAUCCAUUUAUUGUCACACUAUACCAUUCUUUUCAAAGUGUGGAUUAUUUAUAUUUAUGCAUGGAAUAUUGCAUGGGAGGAGAAUUCUUUCGUGCAUUACAAACACGGCCAGGGAAAUGCUUGCCGGAAGAAGAUGCAAAGUUCUACGCUGCAGAAGUUAUUGCUGCAUUAGAAUAUUUGCAUUUAAUGGGAUUUAUUUAUCGAGAUUUGAAACCUGAAAAUUUCGAUCUCUCAAAACAAUCUCAUCCCGCAAAUAUGCCCGGAAUUGUUAAAAAUAAUUCUGGAAAUUCGCCGCCAACAAUAGAUACAAAAUCAUGUAUUGCACAUCUUAGAACGAAUUCUUUUGUUGGAACUGAGGAGUACAUUGCUCCAGAAGUGAUUAAAGGUUGUGGACAUACAAGUGCGGUUGACUGGUGGACACUUGGGAUCCUAAUAUACGAAAUGCUGUACGGAUUCACUCCUUACAAGGGUCAGAACCGAAAUGCUACCUUUUCUAAUAUAUUGAAAAAUGAAGCAUGUUUUCCGGAAACAGCAAGUGCACAGACAGUAUCAAGUCUUUGUAAAGCAUUAAUCCGCAAAUUGCUGUGUAAAGAUGAAAAUCGGCGACUUGGGUCUAAGGCUGGGGCAUCUGACGUUAAAGCACAUCCAUUCUUUAAAAGCACACAGUGGGCUCUAUUGAGGCAUACAACACCACCAAUUAUACCUCAGCAAAGUUUCGGUACUGAUGCCAUAAACUUUCGGAAUAUUCAAGAGAGCAUUAGUUUAGAUAUGGAAGGGGAGAAAAUUGCGGUUAAUAUUAGCGGUGAUAAUCCCUUUGAAGAAUUUAAUAGUG